CUUCUGCUUCAUCCUGAAGAUGAGGAGCGGCUGGACUUCCCUCUUCGUUCUGCUUGUGGCGGCGCUUGUUGCCGUGCAGGCCGCCUACACACACUACACACACUACGCAACAGUGCGCUGUGACUGCAAUGGCAGAUCUCGGUACUGCCUCCGGGACGCCCAGGGCCUCCACUGCGUCGACUGCCAGGGAAACACUGCGGGCCGCCACUGCGAGCGCUGCAAGGACGGCUUCCACCUGGCAGGGGCAGCACUGAGCUGCACACCCUGCCGCUGCAACCUCACCGGUUCUGUCAAUGCCACAUGUGACAGCAGGGGGCGCUGCAGCUGUAAAGAAAGAGUCACAGGAGAUAAAUGUGACCGCUGCCUAGACGGACCGAUCGGACCAAACGGCUGCUCGCAAAGCCGUCGGCCCAGAGAGGAUUCUGGGAGUCAGAUGUGUUUCUGUUACGGUCACAGCAGCAAAUGUUCUGCACAAUCCAGUUACUCCGUUCACAGCAUCACCUCCACCUUCGCCGACGGUCCGGAUGGCUGGAAGGCGGCGACGGCACAAGGCAUCACCCCCGACGACGUUCACUUCCGCUGGUCACCAACACACCACGACCUGGAGGUGAUCUCCAAAAACAGCCUCCCCGUUUACCUGUUCGCUCCAGCUCCUUACCUGGGGAACCAGCUGCUGAGUUACGGUCAGAACUUUUCCUUCUCAUUGCGUCUGGACCGCGGCGUCCGACACCCGUCCACCAACGACGUGGUUCUGGAAGGAGCCGGCCUCCGAGCAGCCGCCUCGCUGGGCGACCUGCGAUCCAUCGUCCCCUGUGGACAGAAAAGAAACUACAGUUUCAGACUGGAUGAGCAGCCCGGCAGCAGGUGGAGGCCUCAGCUCUCAGCCUCACAGUUCCAGACGCUCCUCCAGAACCUCACCGCCAUCAAGAUCCGGGGAACAUUUGGCGAAAAUGGACGCGGAUAUCUCGCCAAUGUGCGGCUGGUGACGGCGCGGCGGGCCGAUGGCACCCCGGCCCGUUGGGUUCAGACAUGCAGCUGCCCGCCGGGUUACGAGGGCGAGUUCUGCGAGCAAUGCUCAGAUGGCUUCAGGCGCAGAACCCCCGCGGACGGCGCCUUCAGCCCUUGUGAGCCUUGCAGCUGCAGAGGAGGCAGCUGCGACCCGCAGACGGGCGACUGCUACUCCGCCGACGAGACGCCCGGAGAGCUCAGCUGCUCCAAGGGCUUCUACCGCGACCCCUGGCCGCCUCGCACCUGUGUGAAGUGCCCCUGUCCGGAGGGGGUGACCUGCUCGCUGGCUGCCGGUUCACUGGCGCCCCGAUGUGACCGCUGUCCAACCGGAACCACAGGUCCUCGCUGUAACGUCUGUCAGGAGGGGUUCUAUGGCGUGCCUCCUCGUGGCGACGCCACCCAGCAGACCUGCCGGUCUUGCCAGUGUAACGGACACAUCGACGUCGACAUGGAGGGAAGCUGCGAUCGCAGCAGCGGCGAAUGUCUGAAGUGUCUGAACAACACGAUGGGGCUGAGCUGCGAGGCCUGCAUGCCGGGUUUCUACCGCGGACCCGCCGCCGCCGCCACCGCUGCCUGCAAACCGUGUGACUGCGACCUUCGGGGCUCUGAGUCCAGACGGUGUGAAGACGGGGGUCGCUGUCGGUGCAGACCGGGCUACGAGGGUCUGAGGUGCCAGAGGUCCGACUGUCCCGCCUGUUUCAGCCCCAUCAAGACAAAGAUGGAGGCGUACGGCGGCAAGCUGAAGGAGCUGAAGACUCUGUUCUCAGACACGGACGCAGGUUUGAAACCAGCCGGCAGGGGCCAGAUAGAAGCCGCUCUGAGGGCCACCGAGGAGCUGGUGGACGACCUGCAGUACGACACGGAGCUGCUGGCAGGCCUGGAGAAGAACCUGCAGGGCCGCCUGGCGUCCAUCAGCAGGAGCCAGCUGGCCGAGGGCCGGGUCCUCCAGGACGUCGGCGACGUGGCGGACGACGUCAAACGAAAACAGCAGACGUACAAGACGAAGGUGGAGGAGGUUCAGGGUCUGAUGGAGGAGAUGAAACGCAAGCUGGACGAGGCCAAGGCCAACCUCAGAUCAGCCGAGAUUCCUCUUGGAGACGCUCCGUCGGGGUCCAACCUCCUCUCUUCUCUGGAGCAGACGGCCAACAGUCUGGCUGACAAACAUCAGGCGAAGGCGGACGCUGUGCAGCGGAGCGCCAACGAAGCUCUGAGCGACUCGGAGAAGAGUCUGGCUCUGGUCCGAUCCCUCAUGAACAAAGAGAACAAAGUCAAGGAGCUGAUAGGAGAUCUCAAAGCCACGUAUGACAAGGCCUCGGCCCAGGUGAAGGGUUUGGAGAACCAGGCGACCCGGCUGAGCGGCGAGGCCCGAGACGAGAGCAGCAUGGCGGACGGCAUGCUGAAAGACAUCGCCAGCAUGGGGCGAAACAUCCCGUUGUCCCUGAAGGGACAGGUGGACGCCAUGGUUUCCAGGUUGGACGGCGUGAAUCAGGCGGUGGACGGGGACAUUUCAGACUUGAAGGCGCUGCAGGACGGCGUGCAGCGAGACAAGGCCGCCACUGGGGACUUGCUGGAAAUGGGCAAGGUUGCCCAGAAGGGUUUCAACGAGCUGCUGGACAGAGUCAACAUGGCCAAGGCCGACACGGAGAGCGUUCUGCAACGUAUCCAUAGCAACACCGAUGAGCUGGACAACGCCCUAGACACCCUGAGAGGCUUCGACCAGCAGAUCGAUGGUGGCAAAGCUUCGGCGGACGCCGCCAUCAAGCGCCUCCCCGGCAUCGCCGCCGCCGUCAAGCAGGCCGUGGGCGACAACGCCAAGACGGCCUCCGUGCUGGGAGACCGGUCCUCAGACUACGCCGAGGCGCUGGGAAGCAUCAAUGUGCUGCAGGACCUGGUCCACGGUCUGGAGGGUGCACUGGGCUCUGGGCCGUCUCACGCUGGUCUGCUGAAGGAAGCCACCGAGCUGAACCGGGAGGUCCAGGACCUGAAGACACAGGCGGCGGACGCAGCUCAAGACGUGGACCUGGAGCUGGACGCCAGCAGGACGCUGGAGGCCGACGCCGGGCAGGCGGCCGAGCGAGCGGCGGAAACUCUGGACGGCGCCAGAAGAACCGGAGACGCCGUGGGGAGAACCCUGAGGGACAUCCGGGGCCUGCUGGCCAACAUGAACCAGACUGGGGCGGUGGACGAGGCUCAGCUGCAGCGCCUGGAGGCCUCUGUGGCCGACGCCCAGAGGGGCGUGGCCGGCCUGAGGCCUCGUCUGAGGGCCGUGGAGCAGCUGGAGGCCGACCGGCGGCGCCAGCUGAGCGGCGUCCAGCGGGACGUCUUCAGCAUCCUGAGAGACAUCGAGAACCUGGAGGAGAUCUUGGGGGCCGUCCCCAAGGGCUGCUACAACAGCCUCCCCGUGGAGAAGCCCUGAGGACCUCCUGGUCCACCAUGAGCACCUCCUCUAAAAGGAUGAGGACCUCCUGGUCCACCAUGAGCACCUCCUCUUAAAGGCUGAGGACCUCCUGGUCCACCAUGAGCACCUCCUCUUAAAGGCUGAGGACCUCCUGGUCCACCAUGAGCACCUCCUCUUAAAGGCUGAGGACCUCCUGGUCCACCAUGAGCACCUCCUCUUAAAGGCUGAGGACCUCCUGGUCCACCAUGAGCACCUCCUCUUAAAGGCUGAGGACCUCCUGGUCCACCAUGAGCACCUCCUCUUAAAGGCUGAGGACCUCCUGGUCCACCAUGAGCACCUCCUCUUAAAGGCUGAAGACCUCCUGGUCCACAAUGAGCACCUCCUCUUAAAGGCUGAAGACCUCCUGGUCCACCAUGAAGACCUCCUGGUCCACAAUGAGCACCUCCUCUUAAAGGCUGAAGAUCUCCUGGUCCACAAUGAGCACCUCCUCUUAAAGGCUGAAGACCUCCUGGUCCACAAUGAGCACCUCCUCUUAAAGGCUGAAAACCUCCUGGUCCACCAUGAAGACCUCCUGGUCCACCAUGAAGACCUCCUGGUCCACAAUGAGCACCUCCUCUUAAAGGCUGAAGACCUCCUGGUCCACCAUGAAGACCUCCUGGUCCACAAUGAGCACCUCCUCUUAAAGGCUGAAGACCUCCUGGUCCACAAUGAGCACCUCCUCCUAUCAUCAACUAUCCUUUUGUUUAAAUGAACUAUAGCACUUGAUCCUACAUUUCCCACAAUGCAACCUGAUACCAAGGCUGAAACGUUCCUCAUGUCAUUCACACCGUAGAACAGUUCAGGGUCAAAGGUCUUGCUCAAGGACACGUGGACCAGGGAUCGAACCGCCGGACUGUCGUUUCUAAAAUGCUUUAAUUGCAUUUAUUCUGCCACAUUAAACCAAAACACUAUUUUUGGACAUUUUAUUUUUAUUGUAUAUAUUAUAUCUGAGCGUCUCGACAUGAUGCUGCGUUCAUGUCACGUUUCAGCGUCCGUAAAUAUCAGUUUCUGACUCGAGUGGAAGAAACAAAAAAGUAUUCCUGUUUUUUACAGAUCAUUCUGGUGUUUUACAGUAAAUACACUUAAUUAUUAAAUCCAGAAACACAACUACCGAGAUCCUUCUUUUUUACUAAUCAUAAAUAAUGAGCAGGUUGUUAAAUAUAAAAGUAGAAUAUCUACCCUUAGAUGGAAGUGUAUGAAACUACAUGUCUGUGUGUCAAUGUAAACAUAUUCUAUUUACAUCUGUACAUAAAGUACAUUUCUAUAUCUCUUUACAUUCAGUGUUUGUUUCUGUGUUGAAACUGAUUUUAAAUAAAAAACUUUUUUAUUGGA